GCGGAUGCAAUGCCGUGUAGUGCUCACUGCGCAAGCGCACAACAAACGGUCGCGCGGAAGUUUGAUUUGAAACAGCGAGGAGAGGGGCCGGAGUCGAAUAUGUUUUCAUUUUAGCAAUGUGACAAUGGCAGCAACACUUAUACCACCGGAUUUAAAUUCGUCGUCCUCAACAGAUUCGUCGUCGACCUCCAAUCGAAGCAUUAGUAGAAGUUUGCGGGUCGCAGAGAAAGCAAAAAAGGGGAGCAAGGCGGAGGACCCGAUUGUUGCGGCACUAAAGUACUUCUCAAAGGUUCAAAAAGGAACCCCGUGCAGAGGAAAUGAUGAGUUUGAGAACAACCUUGUUACGGUGGAGAGGGUGGCAUACAGUAAAGGGCUUUCGCCAGAAGCCAUCUCUGUUAUGCUAGAGUUUGCCAUGAGCCUCCGGAUGGGAACGGUUCCAUGUGUACGGGUACUUAAGUGCCUCCUUCCUUCCACUGUGGUUCCACAUCAAGCUGUUGUGCGUGCGGUGGUGUGGCUGUGUGUUGGAAAAUUAUCGAUCUCCACACAGGUUCUUUUCAUCAAAUGGGUGCUGACUGUCUUUGACAUGAUUGAUGCCAAAGACAAUCUUCGUGCCAUCUAUGGCUUCCUCUUCAGCUUUGUAACUGAAGAAAAUCUGUGUCCCUAUGUAUGCCACCUGCUUUAUCUGCUGACCAGAAAAGAAUGUGUGCGUCUUUUCCGAGUCCGAAAGCUACUGGAGCUGCAUUCUAAACUGGGCAAGCAACCAUAUCUUCUGCAUCUGUUGUCGCUCUACAAAGUGUUUUGCCCAGAGUUGGUCACGCUCUCACUCAAUUCACGAAUAAGGGCCGGUUUCGGAAAUCACAACGGCCCUUGGAAGUUGGCGUUGAUUGCCAUCCAGAAGAGAACCGCUGUCCUGGUCUCCUCCGACCUCCCUCUAGCCCUGCAGACCCAGGAGAAGGCCGGCUCGAGGAAAAGGAAACUGGGGCACUUGGACCUGCCAGUGCUCACUGCUGUUGUCCAGAGCCAGAAGCAGACCAGCCUCAGCCAAAUGGUUGUUCCUCUGGCCCAAAUCCAGUCCUUUGUUCAGCUCUUGGAGAACCUGCAUCUUAUAGAGCUACCGGCUCAGAUGGGCUCUCUGCUGGGCUCCAGUCUGGCCCUUCACUACCUCGACUGCGUUCAGGACGAGUCGGCCUUUCUACGCCUCAACUUCUGGCUCGGCCACUCCCUACAUGAAGAGUUUCUGUUCUGUGGCCACGGCGGAGCAUCUCAAGGUUCAGACGAGGCGGUCCAGUUUCUGGAGCGGUUGAUGUCGACGCAGGACUUUCUCCAGGAGGGGUUCUCCAGCGUGGAAGCCUUCCUCUACAAGUUCCUCAACGUCUGGGACGGCUCCCUCCUCCGCCCACAGAUCUUGGCCCUCCUGAGCAACGUUCCUGUGGUGCCCAGCACCUGUAUCAGCAGGCUUCUGUCGGAGCCACUGGAGCAACUGUUCUUCACAUCCAAGGUGUUCUUCAAGUGUGGCCUGAUAGAGUCUCUUAACGGCAUGCUGGUGAAAUGGCUGACCUGGCACUCGGUGUACGCUCUGGAGGACGGCCGUAACGUUGACCUCGACACGUCCAUGAACGUGAGUCGGUCCGGGUUCAUGCUCUCUGUGGGGGAGCUCGUGCGUUUCGUGGGGCGGCUGGCCACCCUGGGGCUUCAGCUGGAAGGCUGUCACUCCCUGCUGCUCAGCUUCAUCCUGGACUUCUACGACACGGUGUGUGACAUAUUCCAGAAGUAUGGGCUCCCCCUAGUGGUCAUGAUCCCGCGCAGCGUCUUUUACCCGGCCCUGUUCGCCUUCGACCCCAUCAGCGUGGACCGACUGGCCAAGAUCAUGAACAGGUACAAGAUUAACUUGACCGCCGCCAAGAAGCAAGAAAAAAUGACUGGGAAGGCAUUUCACAUCAGCCUCAAGACUUACCAGGAGUUCAACCACUACCUCGCCUUCAUGGUCAACUGCCUGUGGAACUCCAGGAUCUUCCAGCCGGGAGACGACAUUGAGCUGAGCGAGGAGCUGCUGCACGAGAGUGGAGUCCCGCGGUACUGGGCCAGCUUCAGCCUCACCAACCACCCGGCCUUCCACUGCUACGCUAUCGACUUCCACCACAAGUGUUGGCCGGAGAGGCGGGACGUGGACCUGAAAUCCAUUCAGCAUUUGCAGCAGUGGGGCUGGUAUCUGGAGUAUCUGUUCACGCAGGGCUUUGACGGCCUCCGACAGUUCAUUCAGAGCAACAUCAAAACCAGCAGCCGAGGACCGUAGGACGUGAACCAGCACUGUGGGACAAAAAAAAAGACUUGUACAUAAUAUCUCACGUCUGACGAUUCAUUGUUGUUGUUUUUAUUUUUAUGUACAGAGACGUGUUUGUUUAUCGUGUAUGUUUUUUGUAGAUAAUUUUAUGAAUUUUAGCUGCCCCUUUUUAGUCACUCUUAAUUCGUGGUUCAAAAUAAACCAGCUUACCACUUUUA